CACCAUAUGUCCCUUUAGUUCUUCUUUCUCUUCACAUGGUGUGUGUGGUCUGUAAUCUGAUUUAGUCAGCCUGCAUCUCUCAGAAAGGAAAGACACAGAGCACAAAGGUGCAUCAGAAUAAGUGCACGUUAGUCACCACCUGUGCUUCCACACAACAUGGCUUACAUAGUCAAUCAGCCGGCACCUCAAGCUAUGUACAUUGAACAAGCUCAGCCUACUAUGUACAUUGAACAAGCUCAGCCUCCUGUGAUUGUCCAGGCAGCGCCUCAACCAUCUGUAGCAGUGGUCCAGGCUCCUGGUCCUGUGGUGAUCCAGUCUCCUAUGAAAUCUGUACCCGCAAACACACGGUGUGGUUUCUGCCAGCAGCAGAUUGUCACAGUGACUCGACCCGUCAAUGGACUUCUCACCUGGGCGGUUUUUGGAGGACUCUUUCUGUUCUUUAUAUGGCCGUUCUGCUUGAUUCCUUUUUGUGUCAAGUCCUGCAAGGACAUCGAACACACCUGCCCCUACUGCAAGAACGUCAUCCACGUGUACAAACGGAUGUGAGACGUCUCACGCCGGAGAACCCGGAGAACCUGGAGCGCACCAUAGACCUAAAUGAAUGAUCUUGUUUUUUUUUUCUUUCUUCUUAAUAUGUAAUUAAGAAUAUGCAAAAUAAUUAGUUACAUACAAAAAAGUAUGUGUUUAUGUAUUCUUAUUAUCUAAUUAUGCAUUCUUGCCUCUGCUUCUAGAGUUAUUGAAAUCUUUGUCGUUUACAUUUUCCCGUUUGUGAAAAGUGUUCAUAUAUUGACAUUAUUGAACUGCUGUUCGGAAGAAAUGAGCGAAACGUUGGAACAUCUGCAAAGAUGGUGUUCAGGAAAAAGGUAGAAAAGGUAGAAAAUUUAAAUUGAAAUUUAAAUCGCAGCCUAUGUGGUCAUCUAGGAUUCAUCAGUGAUCACAUGAUCGUUUAGGGCAGGGGUUUCUUUAGAAGGGGUUUCUUCCCAAGGAAGCAAUACCUUCUGGGCAAAUCAGACACAACAGAGCACCAGAGCUUUCAAUAAAAGUUUCACAUGUUUCAGUCCAGUCUCUACAGACACGAAUUCUUUCUUUUCGCCGUCUCCACAAACUAGCUAGGUAGCUAGGUAGAGGUUUCCAUAGAAACGUAAGUGGUUUGCCGUUGAUCGGUGUCGUGACACUUGCGUGCAGCGCCGCAUGCGUGCACACAUUGAAGUAUAUUAUUGUAAACGGACUUUUCAUUAACUUCGGUAGUCUGUACAGAGGAAUUGUAAUUGCCUUUGUUUGCUGCAGGAAACUUAUCUUUAGUGAUGCGUUUUUAAAACACAUAUCAUCGAUAUCAUAUCAUAUAAAAUCAUAUCAUAUGAUUUUAUAUAUCAUUUAAAUUAUUUAAAUACCAAAAUUCAUUCAUUCAUUUAAAUUCCAAAAUCAUAUGAUAUGAUAUGAUAUGAUAUGAUAGUAUUUCAUAUGAUUUUUGAUAUUUAAAUGGCCUCUUUGCACUAUAAUCUAUUAAGUAAGUUUUUCCCAAAAAUGAGCUGAUUUAUGUUCCCUGUUUGGUGCUAUGAUUCUGAAGCUAGCCCGUAUGAAGCUGUUAUAAUUAUCAUAAACUAGAAAUUCUAUCAGCUACUCAUCCCUGUGUUUAUCCCUGUUGGAAGUUGGAACACAAUUGUCCAAGGAUGUAUGUUUUUCCACGCAAUCGAACCAUAGUAAUGGAGCCUCGAGCUUCUAAAAGGACGGAAAAGCACCGAGCGACGAUAAAACUAGUCCGGUGUCGUACGUAUUCCAGCUUUCCGAAGCUUUCUGUGAGGAAUCGACCGAAACGUAACGUGAUCAUAUCGAUCUGCUUUAAUUGUCCCGAGAGAGUUUAUAAGAGAAGUGUUGUAAUGAUGUCUGAUUCGUGACUGAAUCGUUUGUCUGAGUCGGUUCACUUCGAUGAAUCGGAGAAUCCCGCUGAUAAAAACCAGUCCGAAUGAUUCAUUCAGGAAUAGAACCGAUUCGAUUCUCGAGUUCAACUCACUGAUUUAAGGAUCCUGUCGCUGAGUACAGUGGUGUUAAUUACUUGUACUGUAUAUAUAUAGUUAUUUGUAUUUAAUUACAAAUGCCUAAUUUUAGUUAAUUUAAUAAACUGUUCACAUUUA